UCCAAUAAAAUAAAAGAGAGCAUGCCACAGUGAAAAAAAAGACACCGUUCUCGUUUCUCACUGCUUUUGGAUUUGUGUUAUCUCUCAGCGAUGUACUCAACAUCAAAGAUGAAGCCUCCACGCCCUCGAUCGCCGAUGCAUCUUCGAACACGCCGCGUUCUUCAGUCGUCAAACUCUACCUCUCUUCAAACCCCACCAGGUUCUUUGACCAAAUCUCAGAAACCAGUUCGCUCUCCGGACAUGGAUCUUCGACCUGAAUACCGCACGAUUUCGUGUGAAUUACGGACUUUGGCAAAGAUGGUUCGGGAUGAAUUUGGGAACGCAGGUUCAGAGAAUGUGACUGUUGCAAACUCUCGCGGUCUGAACCAACAUUCUUUGUUUGAGAGGGGUAGGUUUUAUGAUGAAUACUCUGCUAGAAGGAACGAGAGGCUUAAGAGGAAGAAGGGAAUGACGGUGGAUGAAGGGAAGGCUAAGCCAGCUCAUGCUCAUGCUCUUGGUGUUACCGUUGAAUCUGGAAAGAAGAGUGGUUCGAGAAAAUUUGGGAGCCUGAGAAAAUCUGUUUCUAGGGCUUACUCCGUGGAGGUGAGUGAAACUCCAAGGUACAAUCUCAGAAGCAUGACUAAGGAAAAUAAGAAACCUCCCCGCGCUUCGAGUUUUGAUAAAUCUGUUAUCUGUGGGGAGAAGAAGACAAGAGCAAGAGGUGGAGGAAGAAUUUGAAAUUUUUAGCAAUUUUUUUUUAUUUGUUUUUGGAUUGAGAACUUGAUUUAAUUUGAUUUUGGGUUGAAUCCUGUUCUCUGUUUUGUUUCAA